CAGCAAUACAACAGGUCCAUCUUGCUCUGCUUUCUAGGGUCAGGAAAUCGUAUGUUACUACAGAAGGCCAGUUGCUACCCCAAAUCACGGAUUUGUAGAAUACCAUCCUCUGUGUACCCAAAUUGACACCCCCUCCUGGCUCCAAACCCCCUCAACCCGAAUUCGAACGGAAGAGGAGGAAAAUACAGCAGCCAUGCGUGGUUUGGCUUGCUUCUCGUUCGUUCACCAUAUGCGAUACUUCUUGUGCUGUGCAAGGUCGUGAUCUGCGACCGAGCGCAGUAAGUAGUCGUGAGUUUUGUGGGUCGAAAUUAUGAAACAAGGCCACCACUUCGAUAGCGAAGAAUUCGAAGGGGUCGUGCUCCUCGUUACUGAGAAACCACACCGCUCCCCAACCUUGGGGCCGUCUCGUUUGAUCCAACUACAAGACAGCAAUCCCUGCUCUAUGGAGACGUCGAACACCCUCCGGGAGUUGGACUUCGAUCGGAUGUUCUCUGAGGGCGCGUGUCCGGCAGUUCACCGUUCCACCGCCAGCCCAAGUCUCGUCAAUCCGAAGCGCUCCACGUCGCCUCGCCCGCUGUCCGUAUAUAGACGGGCAACUGUGCGUUCAGGAGCUGUUCGAUAG